AUGCAUCCUAACAGUUCGUGGGUUCGCGGACCAGCAUUUCUGUACCAAAGUGAGGAAGGGUGGCCAAAAAGAGAACUGCCGCUGGCAAACACGACAGAGGCACUGAGGAUCCAUCUAUUGCUGCAUGAGGUAAAAGGAUCGGACAUUCUCGUGGAACCUGGUCGCUUCUCUAAAUGGACGGUGUUAGUACGAACUAUGGCGUGCGUACUUCGUUUCGUGUCGAACUGUAGGAGAAAUGUUGCCGGGUUGCCGAUUGAAGUACUACGUGCAACAAACAAGCAGGCAAAGUUGCUGAAGUUAAGGAAAAGGGCAUCGAUAAGGCGACCGCUUCAGCAGAGCGAGUACCAGCAAGCGGAACUGUUUUUGUUGAAAAUGGCGCAGGUGGAAAACUUUAUCGAUGAACUGACGGUACUGAAACGAAACAGGAAUCGUCCGACUAAUCAGUGGAUAACCAUCGAAAAGUCUAGUCCGUUGUACAAACUCACUCCGUUGCUCGAUGAGAGUGGCUUGAUCCGCAUGGAGGGACGAGUUGAGCGAGCAGACUUUCUUCCGUUUGAUCUACGUUUUCCAGCGAUUCUGCCGAACAAUCAUAGAAUUACGUGGUUUAUUGUUCAACAUUAUCACGAGAGGAGUGGUCAUGGAUACCGCCAGGCGGUGAAAAACGAGCUGAGGCAAUUGUACUACAUUCCACACGUGGAUGCGGUGGUUCAAAAGGUAUCGUCUUCAUGCGUUUGGUGCAAGGUACAUCGUAGUCGGCCUCAAGUUCCGCGUAUGGCUCCGCUACCGGUGCAGAGACUCACGCCAAACCUUCGUCCGUUCAGCUUCGUUGGAGUCGAUUAUUUGGGACCGUUUGAUGUUACUGUUGGGCGCCGAACAGGGAAACGGUGGAUCGCGCUGUUUACCUGUCUGGUAACACGCGCGGUGCAUUUGGAAGUGGCACAUGGGUUGACUACUCAGUCAUGCCUAAUGGCAGUAUAUCGGUUCGUGGGUCGUCGUGGUUGGACGUGCGAAUUCUUUUCCGAUAACGGAACCAAUCUGCGAGGAGCUAGCAAAGAAGUGCUAGAAGUUGUUCGGAGAAUAGGAGACGACUGCUCCGAUCAAAUUACAAACGCUCGGACAAAGUGGACGUUUAAUCCGUCAGCAACACCCCAUAUGGGAGGCGUAUGGGAGGGUUUUGUGCGUUCAGUCAAGGAGAUGCUGUCGGCUCUUGACGACGGUAGGCGUGUAACGGAUGAGAUUCUGCAAACAACUAUUGUCGAGGCGGAGGACAUAAUAAAUUCUCGUCCGCUCACCUACGUUACACAGCAGAGAGAGAAAGCUGAAGCACUCACCCCGAACCACUUUUUGAGGGGUACCUCACUGAACCAGCCUUGCGCAGGUUCACCAGUUGUACCAGUUGUACCAGACCAGUGUUACCAGACAGGUAAACAGCGCGAUCCACCGUUUCUCUGUUCGGCGCCCAACAGUAACAUCAAACGGUCCCAAAUAAUCGACUCCAACGAAGCUGAACGGACGAAGGUUUGGCCAAAAGCACCUCGGGACGCGUUUCAGCGUUCACAGCAGUUAGCCAACGUGAUGUGGGAGAGAUGGAUAAAGGAGUAUGUCCCCUCGCUAAAUCAGAGGACAAAAUGGUUCGGCGAGACUAGACCGUUGAAAUCUGGAGAUUUGGUGUACGUCGUGGAAGGUAACAGCCGAAAGUGCUGGAUUCGAGGAGUGGUGGAGGAACCCAUCGUGUCAGGUGACGGACGGGUUCGACAGGCAUGGGUGCGAACGAAAAGCGGAAGGUUCAAGCGAGCGACAGCGAAACUAGCAGUGAUGGAUAUUCAAGAAGGUAACUCUGAGCCGGAUAGCACUCCCGGGACAGGGUUACGGGCCGGUAAAUGUUCUGGCCACACUGGUUAUGUUACAGCCGCGUCGCUGCAUGCUUGA